UUUAGCGCCAAACCAGUGAGCUCUUCCGCCUCUUAGAUUCUACAGCUCAAAUUGAGAAGAAGAGCAACAACUCAUCGCUAGUGUUAGCUUUUUCCAGAGCGAUCAAGAAGAAAUGUUAGAGCUCUGCUUCGUUCUCGAUCUCCGGAGCUUGCCGCCUCCAUUUCUCAGAGACUUGAAGCAGUCGCUGCUGCAGCUCGCUAACCUCUACGCGGUUUCGCCGUCGCCGCCUUGGCGCAGAUCAGAGUCGCUCCGGGACCGGAUAGGCCUGUGCUUCGUCUUCAAAAAUCCGAUCACCUCUUCCGAUCAGCUGAAGAUCGCGUACACGCCUAGUUCAAGCGGCAGCUUCAGCCUACGAGACUUCCACCACGCCGUGAACGCCUUGCCGGAGAAUGCAUUCCAGCCUCAGCUCGACGAUUCCGAUGUGAAGCUAUCGAGUGUUGUCAAUGAUGAAGUAUUGUACCACUGGGGAGGUAGAGAUAUCAUGAGGAAAGUGAUUGUGAUCACCUCCUGCUUGCCUCGAGAUGUGGACUUUGUCAUGCAAAAGACUCUCAUGGCUGCCGCGGAUAAAUGUGUUUCUGUUGAGUUUCUGUUAUUUGAGCAGAAAUCAAGCCAUCUCAGCAAUGUGAAAGAGACUAUCAAGAGUUUUGUAACUUGCAUCUCUGAGCUUGAUAAUUGCUCAUUUCAAACAUGUCUCCCAGAUCCCAGAGUAUUGCAUGGCCUGGUGAAUCGAUGGUUGCAGGAUCUAAAGGAAGACAUUGAGGAACCUAUGCAAGCCCGUUUUCACUUCAAGCAGAAUCUUGUGGGCUCUGUGAACCAGAUAUCUUGCAACUUGUACUUAUCUGUCAACCAUAUUGCUGAUGGAGUGAUGGUUUAUAUCCCUGUCAGAUGUCAUGGCAGUUCUCUGGAAGAUGCUGUUUUAGUUAAAAUGGAGGAAUCUUGUUGUCUGGUCACAGGGCUUAAUAUUGGAAAAUCUGAUGUCAUAGGAAAUUCUGUGAAAGUUGGAGAAAGAACAAUCCUGUUUCUACCCUCAUUCCAGAGCCCUGUUAAGCUCAAGCGUGCUUCUUCACCGAUUGACUUUAGUGUCAUUGAAAGGACUAACUUGGGGUCCCUAAGUGAAGGUGUUAUAAUGGGAGCUUCAUAUGUUGUCAUUCCAUCAAGUUUCCAGGAAAUGGAAACUGCUUCAGAUGAGAUCGAUCAGUCAGAUGUGAAUACUGAGCUUUUCCGAGGGAUUUGCAGUGCUCUACAUUCAAUGGACCAGGGUUUGGUGUGUUCUUCAAACUGUAAUAUGGAAACUAUGAGCGAGGCCACUUUGCAAUGCUAUUAUAUCCUCCAACCUUCAGACAACGGGCCAAUGCUUCUCGGAUCAGAGGAACUUCUGCACAUACCUGAGUUAAAUGUUUCCUCAGUAAGAAAGGAAUUUGAGAAUUCUGUUAAAGACUGUUUGUCAAGGAUUGAUAUAAGAGGCUAUAAUCCGAUGCUGCAUGAGAGGGGCUUCCAUCAGAAAUUAAACUUGCUUGUGAAGGAGAGCUUACUUCUUGGGUCACUAUCCCCUAUUAUGGAAGAGGAAAAUCAUGAAAUCUAUGAACCAAAAGCAACCCAACUGAAAUUUUCAGAUAUCAUAGGCCAGUCAGUUCCAACGAUAGAUAUUGACAUCCGAGAGGAAACCUCAAAUUUGGUGGAUCUGACAGCUGAAGAAGACAAAACAUCGGCUUGCAUUACUGAAGAGUGGGAGCAGCUGGUUGUCAAUGAUGUCUCCAAGUUACAUUCUCCAGUUUGCACUUCCAAACCUAAGCCAGAUCAGUCAGUUCCUUCACCAGAUGGUACUCGCCAACUUGAUGCAAAGACCUCAAGGAUUUUAGAGAGACUUGAGGUUCCAAGACAGUUCAGAAGAGAACCACUUUCACCGAAUCUAACAAGCAAAGGUGUGAUGAAUUCAAGUGUUCAGGUAAAGAAGCUGUUACUCCCUUCCAAGCCUAAUUGUGCCCUAGACCAACAUACUAAGACUGGUAGCCAACUAAUAAAUCCAAACUUCCAAAGGCUAAAAAGAAAAUUUAAGUAAAAAAGAAUGCUUCCCAGUGUAUAGCAAUAUAGUACCUGAUCUGGGAAUGGAAACCUUGUUUCUUCUUAGUUCUCAUCAGGAUUAACUUUAGGGACUUAAAACUUCAACUCCAUAUGAGAGUAUAUAAUGUCAAAUGUUUAGUUACAGCAGAUGUCUGAAUGUAAUGAGUAGUUCAAUCAUUGCUUCCUCAUGUUAUGAUCUUGUCCCGAAAUAAUACAUAUCAGUGGUUCUAUUA